AUGACAAGAACGAAUCUAUUCACAUUUAAUGUUCCAAAGAUUAUAAUCUUUAUUGGAUUAUUGAUUGGAGGUUUAUUAGAUAAAACUUUACCAAGUGAAACAGUUCACAAUUCUAAUUUAUCAAGCAAACUGAUACUAUCAGAUGGACAGAAACAGUCUCCGAAGUCAAUCCGUGUUCCACAGAUUAAUUUUGAAGUUUACGGUGAAUUUCCUACAAUUAAAUUCUUUGAUUUGUUCGACGAUGAAUCACAGUCCAAAUAUCAAAAAAAGUCACGAUUUCGACAUUUACGAGAAAGGCGUGACUUACAAAAUCUCGACGGUGAUUUUUUAAAUGGUAAACAUUCAAUUUCGAUUAAAAGUAGAAUUCAUUCUCCAUUGAACAAUUGGGAUGAUAAUUUAUCUGAUCCAGAAUCGAAAAUAUACAAAUUGUUAUCAAACAGCUAUUGUGAAUUUUUACUACAAAGCCUUCAGCAUGCGAAUACAAGUCGAUUAGAGAAGCCAGAAUGUACAUUUUUAGAGUUCUCCAAAGGUUCAAUUGUACUAAACGCAAUACUAACAUUUAAUGGAGCUGAUUAUUCACUACUCUCUCCUAAAGAUCUAUCAAACCUAUUAAUAGAAGGCAGCAAGGAAUUGAUAAACACCAUUGUUAAUGAUAAACAAUUCCAUCUAGGAUUUAAUUCUUUUGGGGAUUUCUCACUACAAUUAACUGAUAUUAAAGAAGAAAGUACUGUAACACUCCCAACACCACCAUCGUCAUUAGCACUUUCAUUUCCGAUGAUAACAACAAUGAUUUACACAAAUGUAAUGAAUCCAUCUAUGAGAAGUUCUAUGAAUGAAGUUCAAUCAAGUGAUAUGGAUGCUACUGCGACUGAUGUAAUUCUUCCUGAAAAUUCUUUGGAUACGAAGCACAUUGCGGUGGGAUUUCAACUGAAGAAAGAUGGUGAAUUACUGGAAUGGAAUGAGAGUUUAAGUGAUACAAAUUCAGAAGCUUAUCAAUUGAUAUCCAAAAGCAUUUGCGAUUUGAUUUUAGAAGCUUUAAAUGUUUCACAUUUGGAUGAUCAAAUUGUAGAAUGUGUAUCAGUAGAUUUCACUAGCGGUUCCAUAUUAGUUCAAGUUAUUUUACGCAUUACCAAACGUAACAUUUCUAUGAAUGCUACUGAAUCAGUUGUAACACUGAAAGAAAUUAUCACAGACUUAAUUACCAGUUAUGCAAACAGUUCAAAAACUUUAAAUGGUCUUGGAAUUGAUUCACAAAACAUUACUUUAGAACAUAUUGAUUACAAAGACGAAACGGAUGUUCUACCACCUCUCACAGAUUCUUCAACAGAGCUAUUUACACAAUAUACUUCAACCACUGAUUUCAUUGAUCAACAGUCAGAGAUAACAACAAAUCAGUAUGAUAACAUAACAGUAAAUCUAUAUUUGAAUUUUACAAUCCGAAGCUCUAACAAUUCACUAUUAUGGAAUGAUGAUCUACUGAACACCACUUCAACUAUUUAUCAAGAAAUAUCUGGAAUUGUUUGUCAAAUUCUUUUAUCAGUCAUGAGAUCGACUUUGUCAUCCAUUUGGAUUAUUGAGUGUGGCACUAUAAAAUUUGAAGAGGGAUCCAUUGGUGUUCAUGCUGAGCUUAUUUUAAUGAUGAAUUCAUCAUGGACUGGUACAACAUUUGAAAGUGCAUCAACUAUGUUAAAUGAUACUUACUUAUUGAAAGAAAUAUAUGAGCAUAUUUCAGCGAUGAAUCAAAAUAAUACAUAUGGAAUUUAUAUUGAUUCAAAUUCAAGUAUUUCAUUAGCAUUGAUAGCAAGAAACGAUGAAACGACAGUUGAAACUAACAAUUCAACAGACACAAGUAUUUCAGCUUUUGAACAAAAACAAUCAACAGAAAUAUCAUAUACACCAACAAUAGAAGAAAUUGAUAAUUUGACGACGACUAUGGUAUCGAAGAUUUCAGAAAGUACAUCAGAUACUACGUUGUCAACACAUACAUUCAGUAAUGAAAUCUUUUUCGAUUUCCCAUUUAGCAUAUAUUCAACAAGUACAGGUCAGUCAUUUUUGAUUUAA